AUGAGUUCGGCGCAAGGCGGGGAAUAUAGCGGACCACAGGGCGCGCAAUCAGGGAACCAUCCAUUCGCCCACCAACCACCGACGGACUCGACAUCACCCGGCUCCCAGACACCCCACGAGGGCACCAUCGAAAUCGACGAGAGCUACCUGUCUCCCGAAGUUCGGGCGUUGUUGGAACAGAGCUCCGGGACGACGGGCUUAGAGGUGGACGAGGACGAAAACGGAGGCGAAGGGUACGACGGUUACGAAGAAGCGGACGAGGACGAAGAACCAAGACCCGCCCAGUCCGUUUACGCUAUGAGCAUGUAUCCCAGCGUUGGGCCUGCCUACCAGGUCGAGCACCCGUAUGAGAACGGGCAAGACUCGGCUACCAUCGAUUCGGCGCGAACGUUAUAUGCCGAGGACUUUGACUUCGUUGUGGAAAAUGGGCGGCAAUAUUGCGGGGACUACUUCUUGCCCAUUGACCAGACGGAACAAACGCGCCAAUAUGUCAUCCACCAGGUCUUCCUCAAGCUCUUCAACCUCGAGCUGACGACGGUGCCAUUGGAGAACCCACGCUACAUUCUCGACGUCGGGACGGGGAUAGGCGAGUGGGCUAUCGGAAUGGCCGAGAAGUACCCGCAAUGCGAGGUUUUUGGCACCGACAUUGCGCCCAUCCAACCCACACAGCAGGUUCCGUUCAACAUCGAAUUCCAUAUUGAGAAUGCCGAGGAGGAAUGGAUCCGUCCAGCAAAUGCGGUUGACCUGGUGCAUCUACGUAACCUGCAAGGCGCCUUCUCUGAUUGGCACUUCAUCUACAAUCAAGCAUUUGCAUGCAUAAAACCAGGGGGUUGGAUCGAGGUAAUCGACUGGGAAGACUUCUUCGCCGACGAAAACUACCUCACCUUUUAUCCCGAAGGCUCCGCGCCGCACGUCUUCACCAAGGCCGUGCUUGACGCCGCCGAACUGGCCGGCAAACCUCGUGAUUCCCAGCACCUCAAGAAAGAACGGCUGCUCGAGGCCGGUUUUGUCGACAUCCAAGAGUCGGUGUAUGACCUGGGCAUCGGGUCGCGCGAGAGCAGCAGCUACGGCAAGUUCUGGCUCUUCUCGCUCGUCACGGGCAUCGAGGCGACCAGCCUGCGCCUGCUCACCAAGUACCUCGGCUGGGAGGCCAGCGAGGUGCGCGAGAUAUGCGAGAAGGUGGCCCGAGAGACCAAGCUGGUGGCCGAAGACCCCGAUCGGGUGGACGCGUUCGUCAUCAAGCUCCGCGUGGUUACCGCGAGGAAGCCUUUGGAUGCGGGUCACUGCGCGGGCCAGCGGAUGAAUGAAAAUGGGGAUAUGAAAGACAACAGCGGGGAUGACAGCACGAUUGGGGGGAGGACAAUACGGUCUGAGGGGACGGCAUGA